AUGGAUGAUACAGUGAUUUCACCAGGUAAUAAGAUGGGAGAUUCGGCGUCUGAAAGCGACUCCAGCUCGCUGGAUGGCGGAGCUAUGUUGCCUCCUAGCACAGUUUCUCGUGAUCAGUUACAGAAAAGGAUAGAAUCUCUGCAACAACAAAAUAGGGUUCUAAAAGUGGAGCUGGACACCUAUAAGCUCCGUGUGAAAGCCCUGCAAGAAGAGAAUCGUGCCUUGAGACAAGCUUCAGUUUCUAUUCAAGCUAAGGCUGAGCAGGAAGAGGAAUAUAUUUCGAAUACAUUAUUGAAAAAGAUUCAAGCACUCAAGAAAGAAAAAGAGACUCUUGCACACCAUUAUGAACGUGAAGAAGAAUGUCUUACUAAUGAUCUCUCCAGGAAACUAAAUCAGUUGCGUCAAGAGAAAUGUCGGCUGGAGCAAACUCUAGAGCAGGAACAGGAAUGUUUGGUAAACAAACUGAUGAGGAAAAUAGAAAAACUCGAAGCUGAGACACUUGCCAAGCAAAUGAACUUAGAGAGACUUCGUAGGGAAAAGGUGGAACUGGAGAACACAUUGGAACAGGAGCAGGAGGCACUUGUGAACAGGCUGUGGAAGCGAAUGGAUAAAUUGGAGGCAGAAAAGAGGUCACUGCAAAUCAGGCUCGACCAACCAGUCUCCGAUCCAGCUAGUCCUAGGGACAUUAGUAAUGGUGAUACAGCAUCCAAUUUAAGCAAUCACAUUCAGACCCUGCGUUCUGAGGUGGUUAAAUUAAGAAAUCAGCUGGCCGUCUCUCAGAACGAGAAUAAGGAGAAGAUGCAUCGCUUUGCGCUUGAAGAGAAGCACAUUAGGGAGGAGAAUGUUCGCUUACAGCGGAAACUGCAGCAAGAGGUGGAACGUCGCGAGGCUCUGUGUCGGCAUCUGUCUGAAAGCGAGUCCUCACUCGAAAUGGAGGAGGAGAGGCAGUUUAACGAAGCUCUCAGUGCACGAUCGCGGAGCGUGUCGUCGCCGGGCGGGUCACGGCCCCUGUCACCAUACGCGUCACCAUUGUUGCCUAACGCCGCCGGACUACCACUGUCGCGACCUUCUCUGCAUCUCAACUCUCAGACUCGCCGCACAAGUGACAGGUUCGUGAAACCUGCAAUUCCAGGCGCCGCGGGCUUAAUACCUCGCGUGGCGCCGUUGGAGCCUCCAAUAGCGCCCCUGGCGCCCCCGGCGGCCCCGCUGGCGCCUCUGUCCGCCUCGCCUAUGCCCAACCCUGCCAUCAUGCAGCCCGCUAGCCCCAUGGACACCUCCUCUAAGGACUAA